AUGCAGUGGCACGACGAGCAUUUGCUCUGCGGGCUCUCGGAGUCUCUGCGCUGCGCCUCGGAGCUGCGCCGCGGCACCGUGAGGGACUACUCUCUGUGCCUGCAAUCCCUGCGACGUCUCAACUACUGUCCCUGGGUAGGUGCUCUGAGGCCCAUCAUCCGAGAGCUGCGGUGGCGUUUGCGGCGCCAGCAUUGGCGCGCGUUGGAUGUGGUCCUCGUGCUGCGCUUUGCUUCCGCCUUCGCUUUGCAGCAUUUGCCGCAGGUGCGCGCAGAAGGCUUGGCGCUGUGCCGGGAGCUUCAGACGAGGGCUGAGACGCGCAUGGGCGACAUGAGGCAUUUGGAGCUGGCGCACUUCGCGCGCGCGAUAGUGCAGCUCAACAAGGGCGGCCUCCCGGACACCGCGCUUUUAGAGCGCGCCGCCGAAAACUUCUCCCGGAGAAUCGAUGAUUUGCCGCUAGGCGCUGCCGGGGCGGUGGGGCGCUGGGGCGGUGGAUCAGGGUGCAACCCCUUGUUUUAA